AUGAUCUACAAAGUACAGAUAACCCUGUGGGUCAAGCUUUCCCCCGUGGGUAUUUUACAAAGUGCAAAAGUGCAAAGAAGACUGGAUAACUGGAAGCUGGGGGAAGCAGAAGGGGACUGCUGGUUAGAAAAGCCAGGUGAAGAGGAGCAAGAUAGAAACGCAAUGGAGGAAUCUUCUAUCCUGAAGACCUUUUCGCCAGGAAAUGGUGAUGAGUUUCACUACAACGUCACCCAGAGAAGCCAAAGGUUCAUAUCUUUCUUGAAUCCCAAAACACCCACACAGCUAAAGUCACACACGGUGGUGCUGCAUGGUCCCGCGGGCCUGGGGAAGACCACUCUGGCCAAGAAGUGCAUGCUGGACUGGACACAGGACAACCUCGCACAGACCUGCCCCCGCGCCUUCUAUCUCAGCUGCAAGGUGCUCAGCCGCAAGGGGACGUGCUCCUUCGCAGAGCUGCUGGCUGAGAGCGCCCCAGACCUGCAGGAUGCCCUUCCGCAGGUCCUCGCCCAGGCGCAGAAACUCCUGUUCGUCAUUGAUGCUUUUGAGGAGCUGCGCGUGCCCUCGGGGGUGGGGGCGCUGGUGCAGGACCUGUGUGGCGACUGGAGGUCGCAGAGACCUGCGCCUGUCCUCCUGGGAAGCUUGCUGACAAGAAAGCUCUUACCCACGGCCACCCUACUGGUCACCACGCGGCCCGAGGCCCUGAGGGAGCUGCGGUUCCUGGUGGAGCGGCCACUCUUGGUGGAGAUGGAAGGGCUCUCAGAACGCGACAGGAGGGCGUAUUUCCUGCGACACUUUGGAGGGGAGGCUCAGGCGCUGCGCGCUUUCCACCUGAUGAAGAGCAAUGCGGCGCUGUUCCGCAUGGGCGCGGCGCCCGCCGUGUGCUGGAUGGUGUGCACCUGCCUGAGGCUGCAGAUGGACGAGGGCGAGGACCCCCGCCCCACCUGCCAGACCACCACGUCACUGCUGCUGUGCUUUCUCUGCAGUCGGUUCGCGCCUGUGCGGGGCAGCUGCCCGGGUCCACACCUUGGGGCUGCGCUGCGCGCCCUGUGCCUGCUGGCCGCCGAGGGCACGUGGGCGCAGACCUCGGUGUUUGAUGGACAUGACCUGCGCAGGCUGGGCAUGGACGAGUCUGACCUGCGCCCUUUCCUGGACAGGAGCAUCCUCCAGAAGGGCAGAGACUGUGAGGGCUGCUACUGCUUCGUCCACCUGAGCGUCCAGCAGUUCCUGGCUGCUGCGCUCUACGUUCUGGGCAGCGAGGACCACCAAGACGUGGGGAGCCCCGGCUGGAACAUUGGGGGUGUGCAGAGGCUGCUGUCCAAGGAAGAAGGACUCAAGAACCCCCACCUGGCCCCCGUGGGGCGCUUCCUAUUCGGCCUCGCCAAUGAAAAGAGGGCCAGGGAGCUGGGGACCACGUUUGGCUGCCCGGUGUCCACGGAGGUCAAGCAGGAGCUACUGGAAUGCAGAAUAAGGUCCGCCGAGAACAGACCCUUCUCCUCGGUGACCGACACGAAGGAGAUUUUGUACUGUCUCUACGAAUCCCAAGAGGAGCUGCUUGUGAAGGAGGCCAUGGCCCAGGUCACGGAAGUGUCCCUGCAUUUGCAAGAUACCUCGGACAUGGUACGCGCAGCAUUCUGCCUCAAGCAUUGUGAAAACUUGCAGAAAAUGUGGCUGCGGGUAGAAAAGGGGAUGUUCCUGGAGAACGAUGCUGCGUGGGAAUCAGAGGCUCAGGCUGACCGUUCAAACGAGAAUCUGUGCUUCUUGGAUGUGAGCCAAAGCUUCCUAAGUCACUCCUCAGUGAGGAUUCUUUGUGAGCAAAUCACCCAUGUCACCUGUCAUCUCCAGAAAGUGGUGAUUAAAAAUGUUUCCCCUGCUGAUGCUUACCGGGACUUGUGUCUAGCUCUUGUUGGUAAGAAGACUCUGACACACCUGGUCCUGGAAGGUGGCGUCCACAGUGACAAGCUGCUGCUUCUGCUGUGUGAGACUCUGAGGCACCCGAGAUGCAAUCUGCGGUAUCUGAGGCUGGGGUCUUGUUCUGACACCACUCAGCAGUGGGCUGAUUUCUCCUCGGCCCUUGAAGUCAACCAGUCCCUGAAAUGCCUGGAUCUCACAGCCAAUGAGCUCCCGGACGAGUGCACCAAGUUGCUGUGCAUGACUCUGAGACACCCAAAGUGCUUCCUGCAGAGGCUGUUGUUGGAAAACUGUCACCUUGCAGAAGCCUGUUGCAAGGAGCUCUCCUCUGUUUUGAUUGUCAACCAGAGGUUGACGCACCUGUGCUUGGCCAACAACAACCUUGGGGAUGGUGGGGUAAAGCUUUUGUGUGAGGGUCUGAGUUACCCUGACUGUCAACUACAGAAUCUGGUGUUAUCCCAUUGCAACAUAACCAGACGCGGCUGCAGGUACAUCUCAAAGCUCCUCCAAGAAGAUUCGAGCUUAACAAACUUGGAUCUGGGUCUCAAUCCCAUAGCUACUGGAUCGUGGUUUCUCUGUGAGGCCUUGAAGAAGCCAAAUUGUAACCUAAGAUGUCUAGGGCUCUGUGGCUGCUCCAUCACUUCUUCCUGUUGUCAGGGUCUUGCAUCUGUUCUCAUCAGCACUCAGCGGCUGGAAACUCUGGACCUGGGCCAGAAUAUCUUGGGGCAGAGUGGAAUAACGGUGCUCUUUGAGGCUUUAAAACAGAAUAACAGCCCCUUAAAGACACUCAGGUUGGAGAUAGAUGAAUCUAGCAUGGAAAUCCAGAAGCUGUUGAAGGACGUGAAAGAUCACAAUCCAAAUCUGACCAUCGAAUGCAGUGAUGCCAGAGCAAGCCUGUCCCCACGUUGUGAUUUCCUGUCUCGAACACCCUGA